AUGUUGAAACAACAAUCAACUCUCUUCAACCUUGCACGAGGAAAUUUGAAAUGCCUCAAACAAUCCUCCUCCUCCUCAUCAUCAACAUCACUCCAAUUUUUGAAAUCAGCCAAUCUUCCAUCAGGUCAACAACGCUUUCUCUCCACUUCCAAUCAAGAACUCAUCACUCAUUCUGAACAAUUCAAUCUCACUCCCGAACAAUUGGAAUUCCAACAACUCGCCAAAGAAUUUACCAACAAACAUUUUCAAGCUCAUAUCGUUUCGGAAUGGGAUCGUAAUAAAACAUUUCCAGUGGAGACUUUGAGAGAAGCAGCACAAUUAGGCUUUGGUGGUAUUUAUGUCUCAACCGAUUAUGGUGGUACUGGUCUUUCUCGAUUGGAUGCAUCAAUUAUUUUCGAACAAUUAGCCAAGGGUGAUGUCUCUACGACCGCCUAUCUCACCAUUCAUAACAUGUGUUGUUGGAUGAUUGAUCAAUAUGGUACUCCACAACAAAAAGAGCGUUAUUUACCUGCUUUGUGUAGUAUGGAACAGUUUGCAUCGUAUUGCUUGACUGAGCCUAAUAGUGGAAGUGAUGCUGCAUCAUUGAGAACAAGAGCAGUGCAAAGUGAGGAUGGAGAGAGUUUUGUGUUGAAUGGAGAGAAGGCUUUUAUUAGUGGUGGUGGAAGUAGUGAUGUCUAUUUGGUGAUGGCGCGAGUAGUUUCUUCGGAGAAUCAACAAUCAUCAUCCUCCGAUGCAAGCAACAUUACCUGUUUCAUUAUUGAAAAGAAUACACCUGGAUUAUCAUUUGGUAAGAAUGAAGUGAAAUUGGGAUGGAACACACAACCCACUCGUGCUGUCAUUAUGGACAAUGUCCGAUUGAAAAAAGAAAACAUUUUAGGUGAAAUUGGACAAGGUUUCAAAAUUGCCAUGCAAGGUCUCGAUGGAGGUCGAAUUAAUAUUGCAACCUGUAGUGUGGGUGGUGCUCAACAAUGUAUGAACAUGGCAGGUGAAUAUUUACACACUAGAAAACAAUUUGGAAAGACUCUCUCUCAAUUCCAACAUUUACAAUUUAAAUUAGCAGAUAUGGCUACUCGAGUUCAUGCUUCUCGAUUAAUGGUGAGAGCAGCAGCUGCUCAAUUAGAUAUGGAGAAAUCAUCACAUUCCACUACUUUUUGUGCAAUGGCUAAAAGAUUUGCAACAGAUGAAUGUUUUGAUGUGGUCAAUGAUGCUCUUCAAAUGUUUGGAGGAUAUGGAUAUUUAAAUGAAUAUGGUAUUGAGAGAUAUUUGAGAGAUUUACGUGUGCAUUGCAUUUUGGAAGGAACUAAUGAAGUGAUGAGAUUAAUUACCUCACGUUAUUAUUUGAGUUUAUAUAAGGAUGGUUCACAACAAUGA